CACACACCCAAACUUGUGAAGAGAACACAACAAACAUGGCGGCCGGAAUGGAGCUCGCACCCAUGAGACAGUGGGAUGAUUUUUUCCCUGGAGCGGAUAGAUUUGCUAAACCUGAUUUGGCGGAUUUAACUAAAUGGAACAACAGAGUCAUAAGCAACCUGCUUUAUUUCCAGACCAAUUACUUUAUCGUGCUCCUUGUGGUUUUCCUCAUUGUCGGGUUUAUGAACCCUCUCGGCAUGCUCCUGGGUGGUGCCGUGGUGUCGUUGGUGUUCCUGGGGUCGGUGUGGGCAGGAGAGAACAAGGCCAUGAUCAAGAACUUUAAGAAGAAGAACCCAUCGCUGUUCAUCAUCAUCAUACUGGGAGCCAGUUACUUCCUGCUGUCUCUGUGUGGAGGUGUGAUGGUGUUUAUCUUCGGCAUCACUUUCCCACUGCUCUUGAUCCUGAUCCAUGCCUCGCUCCGUCAGCGCAGCAUGAAGAACAAGCUGGAGAAUAAGAUCGAGGGAGUAGGACUGAAGAAGACUCCCAUGGGUGUGAUCCUGGACCUGCUGGACCAGCAGGAGGAGAAAAUCAACAAGAUCCAGGAUUUCAUCGAGAGCAAGAUGAAGGACUGAGCGACGGGAUGAAGAUCUGAUCCUCGCUGGGUUCCUCCUCCUGAUUGGCUACUUACAGAACGCUGUUAAAUCCCUCCUCCUCCUCCUCCGCUCUCAGCCGCCAUCAUGUUCAUCUCCCAAAUCAUCUGAAGAUCCCGAGGAGCCACAGCACCGGAACCUUUUCCCUCCUUAUGUUCGGACGUCUCGUAUUUCCGACUCGGAGCGUGUUUCAGUGCUUCUGCUCAGGAAAACACGGCCGACUCCGAAAUGUGGAGAUCAUCCAGUAUAACCAGCUUCAUUACACACCACCAUGUUUAUCUGAAUAUCAUCAAAUGCUUAAAAUGAAUCCAACAAACCCCUUCUGCUUUUACAUCCUCUAGUUAAAAAAAAACAACAGCUUCUCUCCUGCAGUGUUGAAGCACAAGCCUCCGUUUCUACCACAAACAAAACAGAUCAGAAUCACCUUUUUACUCCUUCAGAAACCUUCAGAAUUCCAAAACAUCAAGAACUAAAUUCCAGAACUUUUGGUUUUUAUCAAAACAAAAGUGCAGAAUUCCUAAUAUUUAAAAACAUUGCCACCUUUUAUUUUUUCUACGAGUCUAAUCUGAAAAGUCUAAUACAAAAUUCAAAACCAAAGUUAAAAUAUUUCCAAAAUUUCAAUUUCCAACAUUUAAAUAUUUGAAAACACAUUUUUUUCUCACAAAAAUUAAAACACAAAAUUCCAAGUUUGUGGGUUUUACCAAAAGUUCAUCAUUCCAAAUAUUUAAAAACAUUGCCAACUUUUAUUUAAAAAAAAUCUAAUACAAAAUUCAGAACCAUUGUUGGAAUUUUUUCCUCCAAAAGUGAACAUUUGAGGUUUUUUCCCCCAAAACCAAACAUUCAAAUAUUUCCAAAUACUUAAAAUUAAAAUAUUCAAAAGCAGUUUUUUCCUCACAAAAAUUAAAAUACAAAAUUCUGAAAAAAAUCAAGAGUCACUAUGAUUUCCCCCAAAAACUCUCUCUCAAUUCCAAAAAAAAAAAUUUUUAGAAAUGUUUUUUCCCUUAAAAAAAUUCAAAAAGCAUUUUCCUCAAAAAGGCUGCAAUAAAAAAAACAGUUUAAAAAACAGGGUUAGAAAUAAAUUUAGUUGCAUGCUUUUUGGCGAGUGAGGCUUGUGGUUUUGGGUAUGUGUGGGGGUGGGGGUGUGGUGU